CCAGAUGGAGGCGAAGGUGCACCGCCAGCAUCAGCGGCAUCGCCGCACGGAGGCGCGUCAGCGGCGGCUGGAACGCGAGGCGGCGGCCACGGGCGGACCACCGCCCACCACGCCCGAGCGGGCGGAGGCCUUGGACUGUGCCACCGCCCUCAACGAGGGCGUGACAACGGCGGAUCCCAGCGGCAGUGGCGGCACACCCAGCAGUGCGGGUCGCAUCAGUGCCCAGAGUUCAGCGGACAGCAUCGAGUUGGUCGGUUCACCCAGUCAGACGUCCCAGCAAACGGUGGUCCUGGUCAAUGGGCACAUUCCCCCUGGUCAGGAGGAGGAGGGCGGGCAGGAGGAGUCGCCCCUGGGCGCUGGCAAUCCCCGGGAAUCACCGCCGCUGCCCAAGCAGAGCGAUGGCAGUCGCAACUCCUCCGGCGAUGCGAUGAGCCUGAGGGAAACCCUGCAGCAACUGCCGGCCACCCAUCACCAUCGAUCGAGACGCACUUACUCGCCUGCUGCGGAUCCGGAUGCCUCCUUUCAUCGCGGCAUCCUGGGCUACAUGGACCGGGAACUGAAGCAGAGCUCGCCCACGCCAUCCGCCCCGGCGGGAACCGGAAACGGAAAUGGCAAUGGUAAUGGCAAUGCCACGGGAGCCUCCCGGAAACAGCAAUCCCUGUCCGAUCCUCAGGCCAGUCCCGCCCAGCGAUCCCUGCGCUCGCGGAGCAGCUUCGACAAGAGUCCUCGAAGGAAGCGCAGCAAGUCGGAGUCCCGGAGGCGAAAGGAACGCAAGAUGAUAGCCGCCGGCGAGAUGGAGGUGCGCCAGGCCAACGAGACCCUGAUGCGGUACCUCAAGCAGUGCUCCGACAUGCACGACGCCUCGCUCUCCGGCGAACUGGAGAUCGACCAGAGUCUGGAGGAGCGACGCGUCCACCGGAAGACCAAGUCGCAGAGGGACAAGCGCGGCCAGCUAAUCAGCAAACUGUACUCGGCCGGGGGAAUAUCCUCGAUUCUGAAGGAGCUGGCCGACGACAUUGCUCCCGCCGAGGGCGAGGAGAUCUACAACCCAUUCACGCCGGUGGUCUCGCCCACGGACGAUGCGCCCGCGCACAUCGACAAGAUGUUCCUGCAGACGUCAUCCGGAUAUCGACCCGUGGAGCACAGCUACUACAAGCGCUCCUUCCUGGGCGCCGGUGUCCGUGGAUCCGGCGGAAUCGGAAUGUCGACUUCCGGCGGAGGUGGCGGAGGUCGCCUCGAUGGCAUCUCGGCCGCGGAGUUGGGUGGCGCCGGUCGCCUCUUCCGCUCCAGCGGCAGCCACGCCCACGGCGGUGCCGGAAUGGGCGGAAGUGCUGGCGGCUCGGCGAGUGGGCGUGGCAGCUACGGAGAUACCCGCUGCCUAAUCGAUGCCGACUUCAAUCGCAAUGGCAUCACCAGCAACAUUCAACUAGCCUGUGUAGUUCAACGAAUCUGGCUGCUCAUCUCGAACAUUUGCCACGGCCUGCUAGCCGGUCUAGCCCUGGCCCACCUACUCUUCGUGCUGAGCAGCCACCCCAUGGACUGGGCCAAGGUCAUCAAUGGCAUGAGUCUCGCGGGCGAGACAAUGUCAUCCAGCGCCACCGCCCAACCCCCAUCCGCAGCGACGCCCUCGGCGAUGGACCUCAAUCCUGGCGAUCGGGGAACGGAGUCGAGUGGAUCCCCAUCCCCAUCCUCACCAGCAUCCGGUAGUGGAGGCAGUGACGCCCUGGCCCUGAUAAGCGACUACGCGGGAUUCGCGGAGAUCUACCUGAACACCUUCUACUGCUUGGCCAUAAUCUGUCUGGUUUCUGUAUUCGAUCGCAUGGACAUCUGCCGCUGGAGCUUCUCGAAUGCCAGCGAACUGAUCUCGUUUCGUUGGCUCAUCAUCACCAUGAUCUAUGUGGCGACAAUAAUCCUAACAAUUUGCUCCGAUUCCAUCGACGAGAAGCUGUACCUGUUCAACAACAAUGCCAACAUUACGCUGACGCAACAGGAGAUGCUGAGGAACAGUGUGCAGAGUGUCUGGAGCAGCUUGUCGGUUACGAGGAGCAUUGCCGCCAUAUCGGGAUGGAUUAUGAUCGGACUGACGCCGCAGGAGGACAUGCUGUAUGAGCACCUGGUGGAUCUUACCAAAUAUCAGUUGACAAAUAAUUGAAUUUAAGGCGAACGCGACAUUUCGACUAGUUGUAAAUAGUUUUGUAGUUGAACUCUUAGCAGCUGUUGUUCAGUUAUUGGCUUUUUAUAUGUACGGCAUAAUCGAAACGCAAUAGGACUCUUAAGCUUUAAUGACGUCUCUUAAGGAUUCACAUUGAUGCCCUUCACAGGCCGCUAGAACAAACCAAAUACCCAGAGAAAACCAAUUAUAUGACAACCAAAGAACCCAGUGGUUGACCUUCGAGUUAGUUGACUAAGCAAAUAUAGUAAACGCAGGAUAUAGAUGCAAUAUAACGAUGGAAAAGUAUGAAAUACCUAUAUUUACCAGAUAGAUGUAUCCAUGUACUUAUGCAUAUAUACAAUAUGUUACCUAUAUAGAUAUACACAUAGCUAUACGCAUGCUGAUAUACAUUAUAUACGCGAAUAUAGAAAUAUUUACAAAGUACUUGAAAUAAUUUUUCUUACACAUAUCGUCUAAAGAAACGGAACCCCUUGUUUAUUCAUCGUUGCGGCAAUUUUACAGCAAAAGGCUUCCCCAAUUAGAUCCUCAGUCGAUAAGCAUUGACUGUAUUAAUAAUAAUUUAAGCAGGUGUAAUUUGUAUAAAGUUUUGCUAUGCAGCAAACAGAAGUGU